GCCCCGCUCCGGGCCCCGCCGCCGCUCCGGGCCCCGCGGGCGCUGAGGGCGGCCCCGGGCCCGGCCCGGCCGGAGGCGGCGGCGGCGCCGCCAUAUUCUCCGCCGCUUCCGGCGCGCGGCGGAUGUGACGAUAUCGAGGGGCGCCGCGCAGGACCGAAGUAGCGGGCCAAGAUGGCGCCCACCAUCCAGACGCAGGCGCAGCGCGAUGAGCCGGGCCACCGGCCGAGCUCGCACCGGACCCUCCCCGAGAGGUCCGGGGUCGUUUGCCGGGUCAAGUUCUGCAACAGCCUCCCGGACAUCCCGUUCGACCCCAAGUUCAUCACGUACCCCUUCGACCAGAGCCGGUUCGUGCAGUACAAGGCCACGUCCCUGGAGAAGCAGCACAAGCACGAUUUGCUGACAGAGCCUGACCUGGGGGUCACCAUCGACCUCAUCAACCCUGACACGUACAGGAUUGAUCCUGGAGUGCUCCUGGACCCUGCCGAUGAGAAGCUGCUGGAGGAGGAGAUCCAGGCGCCCACCAGCUCCAAGAGGUCGCAGCAGCACGCCAAGGUGGUGCCCUGGAUGCGCAAGACCGAGUACAUCAGCACCGAGUUCAACCGCUACGGCGUCAGCAACGAGAAACCCGAGGUCAAGAUCGGAGUCUCGGUGAAGCAGCAGUUCACAGAGGAGGAGAUCUACAAGGACAGGGACAGCCAGAUCGCCGCCAUCGAGAAAACCUUCGAGGACGCCCAGAAACCGAUCACCCAGCACUACAGCAAGCCCCGGGUGACGCCCCUGGAGGUGAUGCCCGUGUUCCCCGACUUCAAGAUGUGGAUCAACCCCUGUGCCCAAGUGAUUUUCGACUCGGACCCCGCGCCCAAGGACACGUCAGGGGCGGCAGCGCUGGAGAUGAUGUCCCAGGCCAUGAUCAGGGGGAUGAUGGACGAGGAAGGGAACCAGUUCGUGGCCUAUUUCCUGCCCGUGGAGGAGACGCUGAGGAAGCGCAAGCGGGACCAGGAGGAGGACGUGGAUUACGCGCCCGAGGACGUGUACGACUACAAGAUCGCGCGCGAGUACAACUGGAACGUGAAGAACAAGGCCAGCAAGGGCUACGAGGAGAAUUACUUCUUCAUCUUCCGCGAGGGCGACGGCGUCUACUACAACGAGCUGGAGACGCGGGUGCGUCUGAGCAAGCGCCGGGCGCGCGCCGGGGUGCAGUCGGGCACCAACGCGGUGCUGGUGGUGAAGCACCGGGACAUGAACGAGAAGGAGCUCGAGGCGCAGGAGGCCCGGCGGGCGCAGCUGGAGAACCACGAGCCCGAGGAGGAGGAGGAGGAGGAGAUGGAGGCCGAGAAGGAAACGCCGGGAUCGGACGAGGAGCGGGACAAGGGCAGCGAGAGCGAGGAGGAGGAGGAGGAGGAGGCCGAAGGCUCCGGCUCGGGCUCGGAGCGCGGGGGCGGCUCCGCCCGCAGCGAGGAUGAGGAGGAGGAGGAGGAGGAGGCCGAAGGCGGCCGGGGGGGGCGCCGGGGGGGCAGCGACGCCGCGCGGGCCGCGCGGGACCAGGAGGAGAUUUUCGGCAGCGACAACGACGAGGACGAGGAGGAGGAGGAGGAAGAAGAGGAGGAGGAGGAGGAAGGCAGCGAGGGGGGGGGACCGGCGCCCCGCAGCCCCCAGGGCAGCGGCAGCGAGGAGGAGGAGGAGGAGGAAGAGGAGGAGGAGGAGGAGGAGGAAAGCGGCAGCGAAGGCUCCGAGUCCUCCAGCGAGUGAGGAGGGGGUGACCCCCCCCCCCCCCAAAUCCCACCCCCCAAAAUCCCCCCUCCCCAGUUUCCCCCCCGGCCCCGUUUUGGGGCAGAAAAGCGGCGGCUCGGGGCGGUUUUUGUGCGGUUUUUGUGUUUAAUA